AUGAAGUUCCAAAACAUAGCAACCACAUCUUUGAUUGGGGGCGGUAUUUGUUUCGGCAUAGUUAACGGACUCGACGGCUGGCUAUCUAAUACCAUCAAAGUCAUUGGGCCCAAUACAACCGAGUUCAAGGAAGCGUCAGAUAGGUGGGAUACUUAUCAGGCACCCAACAUUGAGUUGAUCGUGGAACCAGGUCAAGAAGACGAUGUUCCAAAAAUCGUUAAAUAUUGCAACGAAAAUGGCAUCGACUUCUUGGCGUACAGUGGCGGUCACGGAUCGUCAACAACUCUCGGGUCUUUCAAGGGCAUACAGAUCAACCUGACGAGGCUUAGAAAUAUAAGCAUUGACCCAAGUGGCAAGACCGCAUGGGUACAGGGUGGAUCGACGGGUGGGAGCGUCAUCAACCAUCUCUGGGACCAUGGUUAUGUGACUCCAACAGGCACCAUCGGUUGUGUUGGGUACAUGGGCCUGGCACUUGGAGGCGGCCAUGGGCGACUUGAGGGUCUUUACGGCCUGGUGAGCGACAAUAUCUUGCAGUUUGACCUCGUCACUGCCAACGGAACCACGAUCCGCGUCAACAAAACAAAGCACAGUGACCUCUACUGGGCGAUGAAAGGGGCCGGCCACAACUUUGGCAUUGUGACGAGAGUCCAAGUAAAGAUUUAUCCCCGCGGACCGGAGAUGUGGUAUCAUAGAGCUUACACCUGGCGCGGCGACAAGCUGGAUGCUGUUUUCGACGCCCUGAACAACCUUCACGGCAACGGCACAACCCCGGUCGCCAUGGCGGUAAACACGGGAACCUUCCUCAUGAUGCCACACAUCACAAAGGAGGAGCCCGUCAUCCUUUGGCUCUUCGAGUACCGCGGCAGCGCCGAGAAGGCAAAACGGCUGCUGGCCCCAUUCGACUCCAUCGAGGCCGUCGCCGUCGACUCGAGAGAAUCCAUCUACCCGCAGCUUGCCGACCAGCCCUCGCUCUGCACCGGAGCCGAGCGGAUAAUAACCACCGCCGGUCUUCGGACCUACAACCUGACGGCGGAACGUCAGAUCUGGGACGGCUUCAAGAGGCGAGUGGCGAAAAACCCAAAGCUCACCGCCAAGACCAUCAUCAUACACGAGGGCUACGCGACCGAGGGCGUGGAGAAGAUGGACCCCGCAUCCUCGGCCUACCCGUUCCGCGGUGACCGGCAUUUGAUGCAGUUCCAGGGCACCCUUGAAGAUUCGAGCCUGGCAGCGGAGAUGUGGGAGUGGGCGAACGAGGUUCGCCAUCAGUGGAACGCUGGCCAGCCGCAACGCACGCCUUCCGCAUAUGUCAACUACGCCAACGGGCACGAGAGAAAGGAAGACUGCUAUGGGCACCAGCCGUGGCGCCUUGCCAAGCUGCGUGACCUCAAGGCUCGAUAUGAUCCCGCUAACCGCUUUCGGUUUUACAAUCCAAUUAUUUGA